AGGGCGUUACGCAAAAUAAUGCCCUAUUAGUAUUAGCGAAUCCGUCAUCCACGUCACCAUUUUGCUAUUGAAGUUGCAUGUAGUAUCUCGAGGAAUCAUAGGCCCAAACAGCAAAAUAUUGAAGUCCAUAAAUUUGCAAUAAAUACUACUCCUAUUAAUUUUUAAGGAUGACUUGUAAUGCAUGUAUUCUCAAGUAAAAGGGGGAAACGCAGAUCCUGAAUGCAUAUUCUAUAACUUAGGAAAAUUCUCUGGCGGGGGAGGAUUCCAUAACCCCAGGGUGCGGAAUUUUCAAAGGCCUCAAGCCUGCAAAUUUGUCUAACUUGGAAUCUAUGCACUGAAUGAAAAGAUCCCAUUACAUUUUAGGUACGUUCCGGAAAGUGUAAGUGGAAGCGGAAACACCUACAAUAGAUAUCUCAAAAUUGAUUACCUGAUCUGAAUGAAACAUCCUUUUUUAAAUGACCCCAAAUGACGUUAACCUUGUAAAAUUACUGCUGACGGUUCCCAACCACAAGCCUUUGUUAUCAAACCAUUAAAUAAUACUGUAUUCAUAAGAAAAACAAAUGCCAAUUUUGUUUAAAUGACCCCUAAUGUCCUGAUAACCCUUAAUAACGUUGAGAAAAGUUUUUUCCUGAAUGUACUUAUUUUUAUGAAGUCCAACUAAAAUAAUAUAAUUUACAAUUUUCUGAUGAUAUAACUAACAACGUAAUCCAAUGUAUUUUUCUCCUUUUCAUGAUAUCGUUAUUUUAAAUUGUCUCUCAGAUCAUUACUCCUGUACCAUUACGUCGAUACUCUUCUAUAUUCAUAAUGUUGAAAACGAAUGCCUAGAAAUGUUACGAUUUCGUAUCUUUUUUUUCUUGGUAAUAAUUAAAAUUAAUAUAUUUUAUAUUUAUUUCUCGCAUAUUUUUAUAUUUUAUUCUCUCAAUUAUAUUUCACUAUAUGAGGUGUUGUUCCAAGAUUUGUGGGCUUACCUGGAAUACUACAGAAUCCACUUGGUCUAGGGGGCUCAAUACAACUGGAUGGAGAAAGUGAGCUGUUGCAAGUCGAUCAUGCAGCUCAAGGUUUAAAUGGGUUGUAUAUGCAACUGAAACCCAAGUGGGAUGUUUUGAAGAAGUCAGUGGAUACGCUUCUCAAAGAUCUAGAUUUUCUUCUACCAAGGUAUUUCGAGGAAAUCGGUCAACGAGCAAAGGCAUCGAGUGUACCAUCUGCCGAAGAUGUUAUCAAGUCAUUUCAGCGUCUUAGAACAAAUGACCGGGUUGGACAGCCAUUGCAUACGUUUGUGAGUUUAUUAAAAUCGUUGAAAAAUGUAUUGCCUUUUGUAAAGCAAAUCAAAGAUGUCUUUAGUUACUUCGACUUCCAAAAGUCUCUGGUCGACAGCUUGAAGAAAAUUGAGGAUAUAGCCGAGGGGAAAAGAGCAAAUGAUACAGUUCACCCGGAAGUGUUGAAUAUAACUAAAGAUUUAAACCUAGUAACGACCGAUAUAUACCUACCUGUGAUCAGUACCGUGCCUUCUUUUUUUGAUAAUAUCAUCAGUGUAAAUAAAAUACUGAAAGAUGAGUUGUCGAUGGGGAACUGGAACGUUGUACAUGAUGAUUUACUCGGUGUUAUGCUACAGGCUACUCGAGCACCAAGGAACUUAAUCGAAGUUGAUGGGCAAGUGAUAAACAUGUACCGGAAGCUGAGUAGAGAUUUGGAAGAAGAGCGCCGGGGGUUGAUAAGGGAAAACCAAAUACAGAAAAAAAUGCUUCUUGAACAGUUACCAGUUCCACACGCGUUUAACGAUGACCCCGAUGGAGACUUAGGAGUACUUGAUAACAAAACCGAAAACGGUACAACCUUGGAAAAGAUGCUUCGAAUGUUUGAUCAGAAGGUGUCCAUGUGUAAGUUGAAAGAUGUAACUCGAAUCAAUUUCACAACUUCCACAUUUUCGGCGGGAAUAUUCGACAGUAAAGGUGGUAAUCUUACUAUCAGUGAUGCUGGGGUUAAUCUCUAUAUUCCACCUGGAGCAAUUCCUCAAAGAACCAGAAAAGAGAUAUAUAUUUACUUAGAUCCACAUGCAUACUUAAACCUGAAAAACGAAAAGGAAACACGAAUUGCUCCCAUCAUCCACUGUGGACCUCCUGGAACAUCGUUUGAAGAACCAUUCAUCCUGUCAUUUCCACAUUGUGCUGAUGGAGAAGAUCAGUGGACAUUUUCAGGACUGAUACAAAAUUCCAGAGACCCAGGUGAUCACUGGCAACAUAUCGGUGAGGAUAGUGAUGGAAUAUGCUUGGUUGAGGGAGGUGAUUGCAUCAUCAUCGUUAAUCAUUUUACCAAAUUUACGUUAGCAGGCAUCGCUGAGAUGGAUGGAACUAAACGGAUGAAUAUUUGCACAUUUGGCAAAUGUUACAACAGAAGCAGUUCAUACACGUUCAAAGUUUGCGCAUUUAACACGUAUGAUACUAACACUGUAAUAAAAGAACAGAAAAAUUUUAAAGAAGAACGUAUGGAUGAAGUAAAAUCAUUAAAGGUGCAAAAUACUGGAAAAGACGUCCAAGUCAACCUUAAUAACGUGAAGGAAGGAUGGAAGUCGGAAUACGAAGACAAAAUGACACUGAAACAUGAUGACUUAUGGUAUGAGAAGGAAGAUGGUUGCAUAUCACCAUAUUGUCGAUUUCGUUUGAAAACUGAGGAUCAACGGGACCAUGAAAAUGUGUAUUGUAGAAUAAAAGUCCAACAGGAGAACAACACUGAUAUAAAAUUCCUGGAAAUAGAUUCUACUGCUCCACCAACCUACAAGGUUGAGAAAUUAGACUUUGGUGAUGGAGAUAUUAAUUUCCAAACGUCUCGUCGAAUUUUCGGGAAAAAGAAUGCCUGCUAUACAAAACUUGAUGAGAAAGUCUGCCACGAUCUAUGUCUGCACCUUGACAAAGAGGAGCCGUUAGGUGGGCGUGACUGGAGACUUUUAGCUGAGAAAAUCGGAAUAAAAUCUGACAUUAUCGAAAAAAUGAAAAAGAUGCCAAAUCAAACAAUGUUUUUACUGAAUAGACUAAGCUUACAAUGCCAAACAUCUAAAGAAUUUUGCACUAAACUUUAUAAAAUCCUAACAGAUGCAAAACUAGAGAUGGCAUCUAAAUUAAUAGAGCCGUUUGUAACACAAGGCCAGUAAGUUCCAUGCUAAUUUGUAGAUGAUUUAGAUACGGCGUCGCGCGCUGUGUAGGACACUAUUAUUUUUGUUUAAAACGGAUUUAUUUUGGGAACAGAAUUGAUGUAACACAAUUAAUUCGUAUCACCUAAUUAAUUCUGUAUUAAUUCGAAGUGGAAAAUUUUAAUCCUGUACCAACACAUGUCCACAUAGAAUGUAUUAUAUUAUUUUGUACAACAAAUAAUAUUCCUGUAAAUCUAUCAUUUACAUUGUUUAAUUAUUCCCUGUAUUAUUAAGAUUUGAAUUAAGUUUAGUGUGUAUCGUAGCAAUAUGUGUAUGAUCAUUAAAUAAAAACUACUUACAAAAAAUAAAACUGCCACAUUAAAUAAUAAUUCACAGUGAUCAUAGAUAGGCCUAUUUACAUAAUGAAAUGAAAUAUGAACUCAAACUACAGUAUUAAGCACUGAAAUUUGGAUGAAUGUAAUUGUCCAUUUCACCUGAUAUCAAUGUAUUUUAAAAACGUCAGAUAAUAAAAUAAUACCGAGAUGCCUAUUUUCUAUUAAAGCUAGAAUAAAGCUCUGUCCACACUCUCAAAUUUUAUGUGACAAAAAAACUGAUGUGCCCAUAUUUGUGUGUAAUAUGAUUUCAUCAUGCCUAUUUGUAUGCUAUAUGGGCAAGGCACAUCACACAAAUUUGUCAAAUAAAAUGUAUUAGUGUGGAGAGAGCUUCAGCUUAAAUGAACCUCAAUUUUAUUUUAUAAUAAUGCACUGCAAUUUUAGGACCACCUCCCGCAAUAUCACAUGUUAAACAGCCAAUAUAGAUGUGAAAAUAACAAUACUGAUUUAUUCAUACUAAAUAGUGUAAAAAUAGCCACUGCAUCUCUGAUAUAUAUCCGUUAUAUAGCAGUUAUACCCAAAAACGUGAAAAGUGAAACUGAUUUACAAAAUUAUUUACAAUAGGACCAUACCAAUUUUUACACGAUGACAUGUUUUAUUGUCAUUGUUGUAGUUUAUUAAUUAGUUAGAUUUGUUAGUGCUUGUAUCAUUCCAAAAACUGUUUCAUAUUCAUUAAUUUAGGACUAGUCUAUAUCGUGAGUGGAUUUCCCGUACGAUUAAAAAUCGUAACGGUACUGGGUUUGGUCUACAGGAGUUCGUGCUUCGAACAGGUCAUUCCAUUCAUAGAAGAAGCCUUUUGAUGGAGAAAGUGUACCUAUUAGCAAAGGUUUUGCCUAGAUCGAAACUAACUCCGGCUAUAUAAGAUUGAAAAAUACUAAUCUUAUUAUUGUAGUAGAGAUAGAUACUAUGUACACGUUUAAAUUAUUGUUAUUUAUUUGUUAUGUCAUUAUAAUAAUGUUUAUUUAAUAAAUUGUGCGCAACAACUAAUGCACUACUAGGACUGUAGGUACAUGCAGUGAGAC